AAUCAAUCAUUUUAUUGUUAGUGGCUCUACUGUGCAGAAAUUAUGCUAAGGAGUAUGGCGUGUACUACAGUGAAUCCAAAGAAAUCGCAAAACUCCCUUCUUAUAAGAAACGGAACAAUAGUUAACGCAGAUGGAAUAUCCGAAAAUGAUAUAUUUAUAGAGAACGGCAUCAUAAAGGAAUUGGGGAAGAAUCUAUCAGUUCCGAAUGGCAUUAGAAGUAUCGAUGCCAAAGGUUUCUUUAUCCUACCGGGAGGUGUUGAUCCACAUACGCAUUUAGAAUUCGAAUUUAUGGGAACUGUUACUGCUGACGAUUUCUAUCACGGCACGAAAGCUGCAGUAGCUGGAGGAACAACUACGAUAAUUGAUUUUAUGGAUGGUAAAGAAAAUGAAACACUUAUUGACGCCUACAAUUCUUACCGCGAAAAAGCAGAAGGAAAGGUUUGUUGCGAUUACGGUUUCCACAUGGUUAUCAAAGGAUGGAACGAACGGAUCAAAGCCGACAUGGAAACGCUCUGUUCAGAACACGGAAUAAAUUCGUUCAAAAUGUUCAUGGCCUAUUCCUUUAGACUGAACGAUUCCCAAUUGUAUUCCAUUCUCGAACACAUUCGUAAUCUAGGCGCUUUGGCACAAAUCCAUGCAGAAAAUGGAACAAUUAUCGAUAAAAAUACUGAACGAUUACUAGAGAAAGGAAUUACCGGUCCAGAAGGUCACGAACUAUCGAGACCCGAAGAAGUUGAAGCAGAAGCUGUUAAUCGAGUUUGCGUCAUUUCGAAACAGGUUUCAUGCCCAGUGUAUAUUGUACACGUAAUGAGCAAAUUAGCAGCUCAAACACUGGCUGACUGUCGUAAAAGGGGAGCUCAAGUUUUCGGUGAAACCUUGGCAUCGGCUCUAGGUCUUGAUGGAUCUCAAUUACCUCACAAAUGCUUCGAAGAAGCGGCCGGGUGUCUGAUGAGUCCGCCUAUUCGGCCGGAUCCCACAACACCUCGAUUUUUAAUGGAUUUCUUGAAACAGGGAAAUCUCCAAGUCGUUGGAAGCGACAACUGCACUUUCAAUAAAGAACAGAAGAAAAUCGGUAUGGGCGAUUUUUCUAAAAUACCAAACGGUAUAAACGGUCUCCAAGAUCGUAUGUCUGUUGUUUGGGAAAAAGGAGUUCACACAGGGAUUUUAAGUCCUACCGACUUCGUUGCAGUGACAAGUACCAACGCCGCAAAAAUUUUCAACAUUUACCCGAGGAAGGGCUGCAUCGCGGUCGGAUCUGACGCAGAUUUGGUAGUUUGGAAUCCAACCAAAACAAGGGUUAUAUCGGCGAAAACUCAUCAACAUGCUGUCGAUUUUAAUAUAUUCGAGGGUAUGGAAUGUCAUGGAGUUCCUGAAUACGUAAUUGUCAACGGCAGGGUUUGUGUUGAUCAGGGACAACUUAAUAUAAUAAAAGGAUCCGGUCGUUAUCUGGAAUGUCCAGUUUUCUGUCCAUAUGUGUACAAACAAUAAUUUAAACAAAAAUAACGCAGCAAAUAUACAUUAUCUAUGCUUAUAGUUUUGUCUUCUUAA